UGUGUGAUUGAGUCAGUCUACAGCAUUAGGACCAUGCAGAGCACUGCAUCAAAUGGAUCCAAGGGGAGGUCUGAAGUCUCCGCUCCAGAGGAGAGCCAUAGGUUUGCAUUUGCAUACCCCAUUCCCAACUUCCAGAAGUUUCUUUUCCAUGGUCUAUAAAGGCAAGAGAAAAACUGUAGGAUCAGUCAACAGACGAGCGAACCCAGAGAGUGAGGGCUGAGAGAGAUCGUGCCAAGCUCUGUCAGAAUGAAAAACGAAAACCUUGACAUCAGUAUGAAAACAUUUCAAGGCUUCUAUAGCUGCUCAAAAACCAGAAGACAGAAAGGAUGUGGGUGACCAACGUUGUAGUUCUGUGCCUCCUGGCCGUUGCGGCCUCCGGAGAAGACAAGAAGAAGCUGAGCAGCCAUGCCACCACCAUGGCUGACAAGAGCGCCAACCUGGCCUUCAGCCUCUACCACACGGUGGCCAAGGAGAAGGACCUUGAAAACAUCCUGAUAUCCCCUGUGGUGGUGGCCUCCUCCCUUGGCAUGGUGGCUCUCGGGGGCAAGGCUUCCACCGCCUCCCAGGUCAAGUCUGUCCUCAGUGCUGACGCCCUGAAGGAUGAGCACCUGCACACAGGCCUGUCAGAGCUUCUGACUGAGGUUAGUGACCCCAAGACUCGUAACGUCACAUGGAAGAUCAGUAACCGCCUCUACGGCCCCAGCUCGGUCACCUUCGCCGACAACUUUGUGAAGAGCAGCAAGAAGCACUACAACUAUGACCACUCGAAGAUCAACCUCAGGGACAAGAGGAGCGCAGUGAACUCCAUCAACGAAUGGGCGUCCAAGUCGACAGACGGCAAGCUGCCUGAGAUCACCAAGGAUGUGCAGAAUGCCGACGGAGCAACGAUCGCCAACGCUAUGUUCUUCAAGCCUCACUGGGAUGAGAAGUUCCAUGAGAAGAUGGUAGACAACCGUGGCUUCCUGGUGACCCGUUCAUUCACAGUCUCUGUUCCCAUGAUGCAUCGCACCGGUCUCUAUAAGUUCCAUGAUGACACAGAGAACAGGUUGUUUGUGCUGGACAUGCCACUGGGCCAGAAGCAGUCCAGCCUGGUGUUCAUCAUGCCCUAUCACCUGGAACCCCUUGACAGGCUGGAGAAGCUGCUGACCCGCAAGCAGCUGGAAACCUGGAUGGGAAAGAUGGAGGAGAGGGCCGUGGCCAUCUCUCUGCCCAAAGUCAGCAUGGAGGUUAGCCACAACCUCCAGAAAACUCUUGGUGAACUUGGUCUGACCGACGCUGUGGACAAAACCAAGGCCGAUCUGUCCAACAUCUCCGGCAAGAAGGACCUGUACCUCUCCAACGUGUUCCACGCCUCUUCAAUGGAGUGGGACAUCGAGGGGAACCCCUUCGACACAAGCAUCUUCGGAAGCGAGAAGCUGAGGAACCCCAAGUUGUUCUAUGCUGACCAUCCCUUCAUCUUCCUGGUGAAGGACAACAAGACCAACUCCAUCCUCUUCAUCGGCAGAAUGGUGCGACCCAAAGGAGACAAGAUGCGUGACGAGUUGUAAUAGUUAAUGGACAGUUUGAGAGAUACUGUUACUGAUUUAAUCAUGCCAGGAAAUAGUAUGUGUAUUAUGGUAUGACUGUUACCCAAAGAACACAUUCCAAUAGGUCAUCUGUGGACUGAAUAUCUAGACCUACUAUUGUAUCACAGACACAUUAAGCACUCCCAGGGAACAGGAACAUUCAAAUAAAUGCUGUUUGGCCUUUGCAAUGCGCCAUAAUCAAUAACAUUGUCAAAGUCUGCAUUUCAAUACAUUUCAGGAAAAAGCCAAACACCACAAGUGCCUUUUUAGAGUACCUGAACAUUGAAUAGCAGACGACCCAACAGCAUGCUUAUAUUAAGUAUGAUCUCUCUGAUUUUUGCCUUCCAUAAAAUCAGAAAUUUUCCACCAUUCUUUUCACCAGUAUAGGUUUGGCUUCUCUCUCUUAUUGGGUUUGUGAUAUGUGUAGUUAGUUGCAUUAUCUUUAAUGUUUAAAGAGAAAAAGAUUGUUGCACAAGCUAAUUUCAUGUCAUACUGUUUUCCACUUUCCACCCUGCAAAGUACAUUUCUCAUGCUUUCAGUUGUUUUUGCCUCCCAGGUGCACUGAAACUGUUCCUCUGAAACUGUUCCUCUGCAGUCUUUGAUUUGAUUGAGUUAUCUAUGCCAUUUGCCAACCAAACUGUGUGACUUUGUUGUAGGCAUUUACCACUAAACCUUGGAAAGUUGCCAUAAUGCAGUGUUGUGUCAUUUUUAACUCUUUUUUUUUUCAAUAAAAAGAAACCUAAAAUGAA